AUGAACAAUUUAAAUACCACUGCCAGCUACCUCACCGAUAUCACGUUCCGGUCAAUUCAUUCAGAAUUUAAAAAAUCACUGACUUGCUUUGUUGUCAAAGAAAUAACCGAUCUCGUACCCAACGAACCGGUCCCGAGGAACCGACUAAAUAUUCCGAAGCAACUCAAAUUAGCAGAUCCACAUUUUGAAAAACCAGCAUCCGUAGACAUGCUAAUCGGAUCCGGUCCCACUUUAUCAAUACUCUGCCCCGGACAACUAAAGAUACUCAACAACGAUAAUCUAAUUUUACAAAAAACCAAACUCGGCUGGAUCCUGGGCGGAAAUCUAGAAUCAACUAACUUAUCGAAAUCGUCUCGUUGCCUUGUCACUAGUUUACCUUUCGACUUAGAGCGAUUUUGGAGAUUAGAGGAGAAGCUCGACGAGGAACGCACAUUGUCAAAGGACGAGUUAUAUUGUGAAGAACACUUCAUAACUCACGUAAAACGCAGUAAAGAUGGCAGAUACAUCGUCGCAUUGCCGUUCGAUAAGACGAAGGGUAAAUUAGGCAAUUCCAAGCAAACGGCGUUGAAACAACUAUUAUAUUUGAGAAAAAGAUUUCAACGAGAUCACGAGUACAAACGCGAAUAUACAAAGGUCAUCGAAGAAUAUCUAAAAUUAGGCCACAUGACCCUCGUAGAGACCAUCGGAGACGACGGAUUUUAUUUGCCACACCACGGAGUUCCUAAACUCGAUAGUCUGACAACGAUGCUGCGAGUAGUUUUCAACGCGUCGGUGACACCCUCAGAUGGCGGAUGCUCACUUAACGACUGCCUACUCGUUGGCCCUACUAUUCAAGACGAUUUAAUCACUCUCCUACUACGAUUUCGAACGCACACGUAUGUAAUCUUAGCUGACAUCGAAAAAAUGUAUCGACAAUUUCUCGUUCGAGACAGCGAUAGGAAAUAUCAGAAAAUCUUGUGGUUUGUAAACGACGAGAUUAAAGAAUUUGUGCUCAACACAGUAACAUUCGGAGUAGCAGCCGCACCCUUUUUGGCUAUUCGAUGCCUACAUCAACUCGCGGACGAUGAACAAGAACGAUUUCCACUCGCCGCCAAAAUAUUAAAGAGAGACAUGUACGUCGAUAACAUGUUAACGGGAACGAAUUCCGUCGAAGAAGCCCGAUCAAUUUGCACGCAAAUGACGCAAGUCCUAAGGACCGCCGGUAUGAAUAUGCGACAGUGGGCAGCAAAUGAUCCAAAUAUAUUAAGCGACAUCCAGUCAAAAAAUUUGGACGCUAAUUUCGACUUGAGCAACGACAACACCCUUAAAACACUAGGCAUUCGCUGGCGCGCCAAAACGGACUCUUUCGUAUACAAAAUUAAACCCAUAUCGGUCACUGAGAGAUUCACCAAAAGAAAAAUAUUGUCCGAAAUAGCAAAAAUCUUCGAUCCCCUUGGACUACUAGGACCAAUUAUCCUCUUUGCAAAAAAAAUCAUGCAAGACAUCUGGAAAGCCAAAAUCGACUGGGAUGAAACAGUACCGAAUGACAUAUACUAUCAAUGGAAUGAGUUUUGUCUACAAUUAAGCUGCCUACCAGACAUGUCAUUCAAUCGACACAUUUUGACAAACGACGCCAAUGAAAUACAAAUUCACGGCUUUAGUGACGCGAGCGAAACUGGAUACGGUGCAUGCAUCUAUAUGAGAUCAAAGGACACAUUUGGCAAUUAUAAAAUCACCCUAAUCUGUUCAAAAUCACGCGUCGCACCAGUAAAAACACGGUCAUUACCUCGGUUAGAGUUAUGCGGCGCGCAGUUAUUAGCCAAUUUAUAUGUGCACACUAUUCGAUCAAUUCGCAUUCAAGUCGAUCGAACAUAUUUUUGGUGUGAUUCGAGCAUAACACUACAUUGGAUCAACACAGCACCUCCGAAGUUAAAAACGUUUGUGGCAAAUCGAGUGGCCGACAUUCAAUUAAAAACCGAGAUUCAUGCAUGGAGACACAUCAGAUCAGAAGACAAUCCUGCCGACGCUCUAUCAAAAGGUCAACUUCCAAACGAUUUUCUCAACAACGAGAUAUGGCUACACGGCCCUCCAUGGCUACAACAAAACGAAACUGAGUGGCCAGAAUCGCAUAUUAUCGGAUUAACCGAAAUUCCAGAAAUCAAAAAAGCACAUUGCUUCGUAACUAAAUCCGAUUCAUAUUGCGCACAUCUUUUAAAAAUAAUAGAAAAUCAGACAUCCUUGAUGAAAUUAAAACGUAUAUUCGCAUUAUGCCUCCGACUGCCGAAAAAAUAUCGUACAAAUACCAAAAUCCGGGACAUGCGCAUCAAAGACUUACAAAAAGCAGAAAAUGUCGUUAUUCGGUUAGUUCAGGGAUCCGUGUUUGCAAAUGACAUUGCGUCACUAAAGGCAAAUAAACCAUUGAAUGAGAAAAGUUCCUUAGCAUCACUAGAUCCAUUCAUCGAUGAAGAAAACAUUCUUAGAGUAGGCGGUAGAAUCAGAAAGGCAAUUGCACCCUUUUCAAAACGUCAUCCCAUACUCCUAUCAAAAAAUAAUUUUUUCACGGAUUUAAUUAUUCAACAUUAUCACACUGCGCACUUUCACACGGGAAUUCAAAAUACUCUUUACGCAAUCCGAGAGAACUAUUGGCCGAUCGACGGACGCAACCAAAUUAGAAAAAAUAUCCGAAAAUGCACAAUAUGUUUUCGUGCAAAUCCGCAAUUAUGCCAGUAUAAAAUGCGUGACCUUCCGCAAGUGAGAGUAACACAAUCUAGACCAUUUUAUAAUGUAGGUGUAGAUUACUGCGGUCCGUUCUUUAUAAAGGAAAAGCGAUAUCGAAAUCAAAAAUUCACAAAAAUUUACGUCGCAAUAUUUGUAUGCAUGACAGUCAAAGCAAUCCACAUAGAAGUAGUCGAAGAUCUAUCUACGGAAGGUUUUAUAGCAGCUUUACGACGAUUUGUAUCGAGACGCGGUUUACCGGGAACUAUCUACUCGGACAACGGUACUAACUUCCGAGGUGCACAUAACAAACUGAAUGAACUAUACGAAUUACUAAACUCACAACAAUUAAAAAUAAAUUUAGAAAAAUUUACCAAUAGUAACAAAAUAGAGUGGCAUUUCAUUCCGCCUCAUUCGCCAAACUUUGGUGGCUUAUGGGAAAUUUCAGUCAAACAAUUCAAACAUCAUUUUAAAAGAGUAGCGGCCGACAAAAGAUUUACCUUAGCUGAAUUUAACACGUUUUCCAUUGAAAUAGAAGCAAUAUUAAACUCUCGACCAAUAACUCGCAUAUCAUCCGAUAUUAACGAUUUAUCAGCAAUUACACCUGGUCACUUCUUAAUUGGCGAUUCACUCAAAAGUCUACCAGAACAAAAUUAUACGAAAAUACCAGACAAUCGCUUAAGCGCAUGGGAAAGUAUGUCAAAACUCAAACAACAAUUUUGGGAGAGAUGGAAUAAAGAAUACUUAAACGAAUUGAAUAUACGUCACAACAAAUCGGCGGCAGAACCAAAAUUGACUAAAGACCUAGUCGUAUUGAUCAAAGAGGACAACACACCACCGAUGCAAUGGAAUAUGGGUAUUAUUACGGAUGUACAUCCAGGAGCCGACAAAAUUAUCCGCGUGGUAACAGUCAGAACGAAACACGGACUUAAAAAAAGACCAACCUCCAAGAUUGCCGUUCUUCCCAUAGACGAUAACUUAGAAAAACAAGAAACAAUAAGUAAACUCAAAAUUAAUUAA